AAGAAGAAGAAAUUAAAAAAAUCGAAAAGAAACAAAGAAGAAAAGGUGAGGAAAGUAUCAGAAACAGCUCAGAAAUUUCCUCAUCUUCUCUUCUUUGUUUAUAUACCCAAAGCAAAACUACUCGAUUCACAGUCGAAGAAGAAGAAGAAGAAAACGAAAAUGUCUGGCAUGAUACCUGGAGUAGGAGUCCCUCACCGGAGGAGGCCAAACCACCACAACCACACCCACCCACCUCAUACUUCUUACGACGGCGAUCACCGCGACACAUCCAUGCAAUUGAGCCAAACCGCUAUCGCUGCCCGCCAACGAUUGGAGAAGAGGCUCCGACUCCUUCCCUCAAGAUCGCGUAAUUUGAGUCCUCCAAUUGGGGAUGGAAAACGAAACCCUAGAACGGAGUCGAUGGAUGAUGAUAAUAGUAAUAACAAAAGGUUGAGUUUGAAAUUGGCGAGCAUGAUGAGGCCUUGGAGCUUCCCAUCGCACAGAAAGGAAGAUUUGUUUUCAGAGAGAAUUUAUAACAGAAUCCACUUGAAGAUCUGCUAAAUUGAACCUCCCAUCAGGAAGAUUAUGAGAAGAAUUGAUGAACCAAGUAUUACAACCGACCGCACUAUCAAAGAAGAAAAGAAGUUCAGGAAUGCUUUCACAGAAUCAACCAUGAAAAUAUAUAAUAUAUAAGAAAUUCUUGGGUAAGGAUAUUCAUCAAAAGUGUACAAAUUUGAUAAAUGGUCAAGAUUGUAUCCAAUCAAAAUAGCUGGCAACACAUGUACAAACAUCAAUAUAUUUAACAACAACACUUUAUCAUAAAAUCCAAUAAAAGGCAAGCUUUUAUGGAA